AUGGUCUACCACGCUUCCGUCAUGUACCCCAACGAGGAGGGUGUCACCUUCGACGAGACCUACUACCUGCAGACCCACAUGCCGCUUGUCGACAAGGUUUGGAAGAAGCACGGUCUGCUCGGCUGGAAGAUCAUCAAGUACACCACUUCUCUCGAUGGCUCCAAGUCUCAGUACCUGAUCUCUGCCAACCUGGAGUUCGAGAGUGAGGAAGCUGCCACCAAUGCUCUUAAGGACCCCGAGUCCGGUUCCGUCUUUGCCGAUAUCCCGAACUUCACCAACAGCAAGCCCAUUACCAUUGCUGGCAACCAGAUUAGCCUUUGA